UCUCUCAGCGCUCUCUCCCGGCUGUCUCUCAGCGCUGUCUCCCGGCUGUCUCUCAGCUCUCCCCCCCCCCCGUAGCCCCACAUAUAGUCGGACUGGGGAUGUCAGUACAUCAGUAACUUGGCAGCGCUUCCCUGUGCGGAGUCUCUAGCGGUACAGCUCUCUCUCUGACUGUCUCUGGCCUCUCUCCUACUGGGUAACCGUCUCACUCACUUGGCUCUGAUAUAACCUCCCUCACCUGUAUAUCUGCCCCUCUCUAUCAUCCCCUCUCCCAUCAGUGUGUCUCUCUCCCUCACUCUCUCACUCUCUCUCUCACUCUCUCUCUCUCUCUCACUCUCACCCUUACCUGUCUCCGGAUUCCCUUCCCCGUAGCGCUGCUGGAUCUCUCCCAGCCCGGAUCCCCCAGUCCCACAGCCCCAGGGGAGUGAGCCAGAGGCCCGGCAGUAUGGGGGCGCCCAGCGCAUAGGGUUAGAGAGGCAGGGACCCGGGGAGAUGGAGGAGCGGUACCUCUCCAAGCUGCACCCCCUGGUGGAUUUUGGGGCCGGAGUGUUCCUGUUACUGGUGGCCAUCUUGACCGUACUGGGAAACUGUGCAGUUCUUGCCACGGCAGUGAAAUGUUCUUCACAUCUCAAGGCACCUGAUCUCCUGUCUAUUAAUUUAGCUGUGGCGGACUUGGGCAUGGCCAUCAGUAUGUACCCACUGGCCAUUGCUUCUGCCUGGAACCAUGCUUGGCUGGGGGGAGAUGCCUCCUGCUUAUAUUACGCCCUUAUGGGCUUUUUCUUUGGGGUCUCCAGCAUGAUGACCUUAACUGUCAUGGCCAUAAUCCGAUAUCGGGUGACAUCAUCAUUCAAAUACAGUGGCUGUACCAUAGAGAAGAAAGCAGUCUGUAUUCUCAUAAUGUGCAUAUGGCUGUAUGCCUUACUGUGGGCUGUUCUACCUUUGCUUGGAUGGGGACGUUACGGCCCAGAACCAUUUGGAACAUCUUGUACAAUAGCCUGGGGGGAUUUCCAUCAUUCCUCCAAUGGUUUCUCCUUCAUCAUCAGCAUGUUCAUCCUCUGCACCAUCAGCCCAGCUGUGACAAUAGUGGUGUGCUAUUCGGGGAUUGCCUGGAAACUGCAUAAAGCCUAUCAAGAAAUAAAGAAUCAAGAUAAAAUCCCAAAUUCAACAAAAGUGGAGAAGAAACUGACCCUGUUGGCCAUAUUGGUCAGUUUUGGGUUCCUCAUCUCUUGGACGCCCUAUGCAGCUGUUAGCUUUUGGUCGUUAUUUCAUAGCAGCAAAUACAUCCCACCGGUAGUCUCAUUAUUACCCUGCCUGUUUGCAAAGUCCUCCACCGCCUUUAACCCCAUGAUAUACUAUGCCUUCAGCAAGACAUUCCGCAGAAAGGUCAAACAUCUGAAGUGUUGCUGUGGAUGGCGGGUUCACUUCUUGCAGUCAGAAAACUCGGUAGAAAACCCACGGGUAUCCGUCAUUUGGACAGGGAAAGAAAAUGUGAUGGUCUCUUCUGUUCCAAAGCUGAUGAAAGGGGUCCCUGGGACCCCAACAGGAACUCAGUGAGUGACAGGGCAAGAACAAAGGAGGAUAUUUUACCUGAUUAAGACGAUUAUUCUGAAAGUGCAAUAACACUUCUUCGUGCAGCAGUUACACCAGGAACACUUACCAAGGAACUUGGACUGGGAUAUGUUAGAGCUGAUGAACAUUAAGGAGUAACUGAAGCUCAGGAAUAAAAGUUUCUAGGCUGGCAGUGGUUGAAUGUGCUAUGGUCUUAACUUCCAUGUGAAGUGACAGUUAUUUGCCGGAUGAAGAUAUUCUGGGUUGGAUCCCGCUGAAAUUAAAGUCUAUGGAAGGCUGGGAGUCAUAAAGGUCUACACUUUCCAGUUGGACGAUGGUUUUCUAACAAAUGUUUACCUUUAUCCCAAAAAAAUACACAUUAAUGCCAUCAUUAAAGUUGGGGAAGGGGUAAAGGAUGUCACAUAUGCAAUAACUAGGGUACAAAAGCUUCUCCAGUAUUUAGUUACAUUAUUUUUGCAACAGGUGGGAAAUUUGGAUGCUUAAUAAAUACAAGAUGUCUUCUAA